CUGCCUCUCUGUUCCUGUCUUUCGCGUCUGCUGCCUCUCAACCUGCCUGCCGAAUUUUCCACAUCCCAGUUCGAGAGAUUAAUCAAUCGCUCUGCCUCUGUACUCAUUAGCCCGCUGGAGAGGAGCUUAGUUGUCAUUUUUCAGCUUCUGAAGGGGACCAUUUUCAGCUGGGCAAAUCGUCGAACAGGUUCUGGGCAGGAUAAGAAAAGGGCACCCUAGGAUUGAAGAAACCACAAUCGUUAACGUCUUUGUCCGUCG